GACUGUGAACAAAAAUACACAAUCCGCUGUUAAAGUUAAGCCAGAAAGAGGGAUACCCCCUUCGUACCCCCCUCGCUCAGUAAGAAGUCGGCGACAGCGCAAGCAAUUUAUUUGUCGUUAUUGCGGACGCCAAUUUACUAAAUCUUAUAAUCUUCUUAUCCACGAACGCAUACAUACUAACGAGCGUCCAUUUCCAUGUGAUGAAUGUUCGAAAUCGUUCCGUCGCCAAGAUCAUCUACGCGAUCAUAAGUUUGUUUUUGUCCCAAUCAUUUCAAUUUAUAAACUCUAUACUUCUUCAGGUUCACACACGCCAAAGAGAAACCUUUUAAAUGUAGCGAAUGUUCACGUGGUUUUUGUCAGCAACGUACAUUGUUGAUUCACCGGCAACGAGACCAUGGUGCCAAUGUCGUUUUGCCUCCACGCAAAAAUGCUAGUAAAUUGAAGAUUCUUAAAGAAAAAGUACAAUAGAUAUAAAAAUUUUUAAAGAAAUUGUGACACUUUUUAAUUUUACUUGAUUGAUAAACAAGUUUAUAAUACUGUAUUAUGUGGCCCUCAAUCACAAGACUCAAUUUCCCAUAUUCAUGGGACUCAAGCGACACGAGAAUUUUUCAGAAAAGCCUUUUUUUGGGCGUCAUUUACUUUUUUCCCUUGCUUUAGAUUAAUUUUCUUUUUUUUAAUUUAGAAAUUUGAUCUUAUAAUGUAAAUCUUCAAAAUAAAUUAGAAAGAUGUUGGGAAUUCCAUUUCUUUCCACUUACAUUCAACGUAUUGUUAAGGUUCAGGCUGUAGCUGAUUCAGUGGACUGGCUUAAUUAUUAUUGUACUUCUGUGCUUCUAGCCUUUUUUGCAUUGGCAAUUUCAGCUAAACAAUAUUUUGGUUCACCUAUUCAGUGCUGGACGCCUAAUGAGUUCAAAGGAGGUUGGGACAAGUAUGCAGAGAAUUACUGUUUUGUGUCGAAUGCUUAUUAUGUACCUUUUGAUGAAGAAAUACCGAGAGAUUUGUCACACCGCCAGGAUCAGAUUAGUUACUAUCGUUGGGUCCCCGUCGUAUUAGCUGUGCAGGCUCUACUCUUCUGGUUGCCCAAUUGGAUUUGGAAUAUUCUACAUAAACAAACAGCUAUAAAUCCACGUUGUCUCCUCAACGAAGCGCAGAAAAGUCGAAAAUUGCAUGGAGCUGACCGUGAUAAAGAAAUUGGUGAAAUUGCGUCUUUUGUCUCUGACACAGUUUGUUUUUUCCUUUUUUCAAAUUUUACAAUUUUAAUCUAUCAAUUUCCAAUGUAA